AUGGACGGAGACGUCGGUUGGUCCAUCGGUUGUUUUGUCGACCCGAGGCUUCCGCCAUCACUGGCGAUCAUUCAUUGGGUCUCGCCUCUUUUCUAUUGUGACGUCGACCCUGUAUGUUUGCGUGCUUGUGUAUACACAACACGAGAAAAUUUUUGCACACACGCAUCCCCGACACGUCGAUCCGAUUUCUCUCAGUUUCCCGUCCAUUUCACGUUCUGCUGCACUGUCCUCCGGUAGGGAAGAGAGCGCGUCGGCUCUUCAUGUCGUUUCUCACUCGAAUGUUAGUCGCGCACACUUUCACACCUUGA